AUGAACGGCGUCAUCGAGGCCCUCCACAUUUUCGACGAGCUCAACAGCCCCAUCCUGUCGCAUACAUACACAUCGCGUCCGCUGUCGCCGUCGUACUUGCUGCCCCUCUACCUCGAACAUGCCGCCCCGAGGCCGAACCUGAUAUACCUUCCUAAUACCAACCCACCAACUCUCGUCUUCAGUCUCAAACAUGCCAACCUUCUGUUUCUCUUAACAACCUCCUCCGAGGUCGAGCCACUGCUCGUUCUCGAGUUUCUCCACCGCAUCGUCGAUUCCUUCGAAGAGUUCCUGGGCACCCCAUUACUGGCCCACAAGAUCGAGAGCAACUACGAUGUCGUGGCCCAGCUUCUCACAGAGAUGUGCGAUGCCGGCACCAUCAACACAACAGAACCCAAUGCGCUGCGCGACCUGGUCGAGGUAGAAGGCUUCAUGGGAAAGCUCCUCGGGAACUUGAACCUCCCCUCGAAACCUACCUUUUCCAACCCAAGCCCAGCCUCUCUUCUCGCCCAGCAGAACACUCUAGCCCUCCCCUGGCGCCGAAAUAACGUGCGACACACCCAAAACGAGCUCUACGCCGACGUGAUCGAAACCCUCUCCGUCACCCUUGCCCCAUCCGGCCGACCUCUCGCCGCCUUCGCCAACGGCACAAUAGCGUUCACCUCCAAGGUUUCGGGAGUGCCCGACAUAGUCGUCACCCUGACCGGUCCAACCGGAAAGCACAACCUCGGCAGCAUCAUCGACCUGCCCGUCUUUCAUCCCUGCGUGCGCCUCGCAAAAUGGCGCGAACAACCCGGUGUUCUCAGCUUCAUCCCGCCCGAUGGCCGCUUCACCCUAGCCGGUUACGAAGUCGACCUCCUCCCGCUGGGCGCCCGGAACAUUGGCAACAUGAGUGCUUCAGCAAACAAUCUCAAACUGCCCGUCAGUCUCGAGGUCAAGACCUGUCUUGGUCCGACAGGUUCCGACUUUGAAGUCCGCCUCACCGUCAACAGGAUCCCCGGUACUGGCGGGGGCAGUGGCAGCGGAGGUGGUGGCUCAUCGUCCAACUACCCGCUCUCCUCAGCCAGCGGCGUCGGUCGUGGCAUGGGAGGCGGUCCCCAACCCGGCACGCCCGCCUUCCCCACGCUUCAAGACCUCACAGUCACGGUCCCCCUACCGGCAGACGUGCGCAACCUCGCCGAGAUCCGCACCGCCAAGGGCGACGCCACUUAUAACCCCGGUGACCGUUUCCUCGAGUGGACUAUUCCCAACAAGGACGUGGCAAGCGGCUUUGCUUCACAUUUCGCUCUGCGCUGCACCGUCGUUGGUCAAUCUUCUGCCGGCGACGACGAAGACGAUAACGACGACCCUACCGGCUUCGGGUUUAACACCUCCGUCGGAGGCCGCGACUGGUCCUACGACGCCGGCGAAGCAGCUCCUUACCAGAGCGCUAGCGAUCUUUUGUCAGGCGGUAGUGGUAAACAACCACUUACAGCCGAGCAAGAAAAGGAGGAAAAGGAGCGCAAGGACGGGAAACUGGCGCAGCAGAACAAGAUCUUGAUGCCCAGCUCGGCGAGCGUGAGCUUUGCGGUUAAAGGGUGGACGGCGAGCGGGAUCAAGGUGGAGAGCAUCUUGCUGGAUCCGAGGAGGAGUAAAGGGCUGGCGGAGACGGUGAGGCCGUUUAAGGGGGUCAAGUAUUUGACUGUUAGUAAGGGGGGUGUGGAGAUUAGGUGCUGA